AUGUCGAAUCCCCCACUAUAAAAUUACUAACAAUAACGGCCUCUAAUGUACAAAGAGAAGUCUCUGAUUAAACACGUGGGUUAAUAUACAUCUCAGUUGGAUAAAUCAGCGCCAAAUCUCUUCAAUAACAAGGAAAUGAUAAGGAAAUCGAUUGAAAAUCUAAAAACAGCCAAAAGAAACCAUAACUAUAAGCAAUUAUACCAGAGUGCCUAUGUUAAUGACAGCAUGAUGAAUACUAAUCCACUAAUUGGUUCAAUUGAUUUUAGCAAUCAAUAGUAGCCUAUUUAUUCAAUGCAAAGUAGUCUAGUUUAUGGCUAAAAGAACAAGGUGACAAGCUAGUUAAAGUAAUCAUUAGUUCAAGAAUCUACUCUACUGGCAAAAGAAAAUUAAGCUUAACUUAGCCAUAGAUCGAACAGAUCCUAAGCAGCACAAAUUAAUUCAAAUAUUACGAAUAAUCUUAACAUCAAUAAUGAUCUAACAAAGUAUUAAGUUUUCUCAUGUGGAGGAGUAGCAGGUUCGGGUAGUAACUAUGCAGGAGAUAUCAUUAAUUCAAGACCUCAAAGUGUUUUUGCUCCAGUAGAGGAUUCUGCUGUGCUAUCUGGAACAUAACACCCAUAUAUAUUUGAGUAGAAUAGAGUGCCCAAUUACUUUGAGAAUACAAACAAAGCUCUCAAACUUUCCUAAAACAUAGAUUCUAUGAAUGCAAGUCUUGAUUUCUCUUAAUACCCAGGCAAGACCGGAAGUAACUAUUAUGCGACUAAUUUCACUCUCAAAAGUAGCGUUUCUAAGAGUAAUAACAGGCUAAGAAGACUAAAUUAGACUGACUUGAAUAAUGCUUCUUUAAAAUUUAUCCCUGUGGCAAGGCAAUCGCUUACAGGUAUUCUUGGUCGAAAUCAGUAAUAAAAUAGCAGUGUAGACCAAAAGCCUAAAGAUACUAGAGGCUAUGACUUAUCUACUUCCUUUGAAAGUUAGCAGCAGUACUUGAAAAAUAGAUAUUAGCAUCCAUCAAAACUGACUUCUCCUUAGGACUUUGAGGAUUUAAGGUAGAGUAAUGAGCGUUAGAUCCCUUACUUUGAAAAAAUCUCUAAAGAAGAUUUGAAUAAGACUGUUAAUAACUUUAAGAUACUCAAGAAUCAACACUCAAAUGAGAUUUAAGAGCCUGCAUUUGGCAAUAGCAGAGCCAAGUCUUUGCAAAAAAUUAAUUUGAUCAAUUAGAAUAUAGUAAUCGUACCUCUGAAACAGAAUAAUAAUAGAUAAAGAGUCAUCUCUGACUUUUGGGAGAGGGAAAGGUCGCCUCAUCACUCACAAGAAUUCAGGCAAAAAGUUAAAUAGUUUCCAAACUUAUUUGCUAAGACUAAGUCAGAGUUUUCAAAGCUAUCUAAUGCUAUUCCCACAUCAAAUCUUAUCAUUAGGUCUAAUUAUAUGCGCAAUGGGAUAUUUAAGUGA